AUGAAAUCCUUAACCAUUAAAACCAAAUUUCACCAACUUCCAGAGACUUUCAUCAGCUACCUCACCGACGAUUCUGGUCCGUUUCUUCUCCCUGAUUCCGUGACGAACGAGGACGCGAUGCCCAACAGAGUCCACAACCCCGAAGAAGAAGACGACUUUCAAGUCUCUGAAGGAUCAGACAACGAAGCAGAGCCACCAUCGAGCACCCCUUCGUUUCCAGAACUCGAGAUCGAGAUCAAGGAAUCAAUCGAAACCCUAGGCGGCGCGAUUUUCCCCAAGCUGAACUGGAGUGCACCAAAGGACGCAGCUUGGAUCAGCCCAUCGCAGAAUCUCAGCUGCACAUGUCUCAGCGAGAUCGCUCUCUUGUUUCGUUCCUCAGACUCGUUGCUCCACGACCUCUGCAACGCGUAUGACUCGUGUACUGACAAAGCCUCCUCGAGGCCACAAAGCUUCUUCCUCGCAUUGAGAAAAUGGUAUCCUUCUUUGAAGCCCGAGAUGGAGUUUAGAUGCUUUGUCAAAUCGAACGAGCUUGUCGGAAUUUGCCAGCGUGAGUUUGAAUCGGAGAACUACACUUUUGAUGUCUAUGUGACGAAGGAGAGAAGGGUUAAGCUGAUGGAUUUCAAUACUUGGUGUGGCUCUACGUUGCCGUUGAUGUAUACUUGGGAAGAACUCGAGCGGAUUCAUGGAGAAUGUAACGAAUUGGAGUUGAGGAUCGUUGAGAGCCGUAGGAGCGUGCUUCCUGGUUUGAAAACGGCGGUUCCUUAUGAUUAUCUUGACAUGAGUUCUGGUAGUGGUUGGGAUCAGGUUAUUAAGAAAGCAGAAGAGGAGCUUCAGAAAGAGAAUCAGAGGUCGGAUGAAGUUGCUUGA